AUGGCCACCUCCAUCCGAGCAAUCAAAUCCCUUUCCCCUCUCCUGGACCGUAUCCUCGUCCAGCGAAUCCGCGCCGAAACAAAAACCGCCUCGGGAAUCUUCCUCCCGGAAUCAUCGGUCGAAAAGCUUUCCGAAGCUAAGGUUCUCGCCGUUGGACCAGGUGGAUUCGAUAGAGAUGGAAAGAGACUGGAGGUUAGCGUCAAGCCCGGUGAUAGAGUAUUGAUCCCACAGUUUGGAGGAAGUCCUGUUAAGGUUGGUGAUGAGGAGUAUGCAUUGUUCAGGGAUCAUGAAUUGCUGGCCAAGAUUAACGAGUAA